GCUCUCUAUAAAGGCCAGCGGGCUCGGGUGAGCGCAGCCUCCAACAUCGACGGCACCCUCCAAGCUUUCCCCUUUCCCCCCUAGCCUGAUCUCCCCCGCCCCUCGCCCCCUCCCGUCCGCCCGGCCGCUUUCCCCAUCCCCUCGCCGCUGCGUCCUCUCGCACGCCUUCCCAUACCAUGCUUCGUAAAGCCCUGGCCCUGCCGGUCCUCCUCCUUGCCCUGGCGGCCGCCUCCCUCGGUGCCGGGCAGAGCGCCGGAACCGACGAGCCCGGAUGCAUGAGUGUCUGUCCUCCCCCGCCGCCCGAUGAGGCGGGCCCCAUUUGCGGCACCGACUACAAGGAGUACUCGAGCCUGUGCGAGAUGAACCGCACGGCCUGCCUGAAGAGCAUGACCAUUGACGUGCUGGUCUGGGGCUCCUGCCCUCGAGAGGAGGGCCAGAACGAGUGCGACAUCUAUUGCGACCCGGCUGACAGCGCCCCGGCUCCCGGGCAGCCGGACUCCCGGGUGUGCGGCAGCGACGGCGUCACCUACGGCAGCCCGUGCAUUGUGGAGCGCGUGGCGUGCGUCAUGAACUCCCAUCUGCCGGGGUCCGGCAUCACGGUUGCCUACACCGGCCCCUGCCAGUCCGACACCGGCCUCUGUGCCUCCCUGUGCGCUCCCCUGGCCAGCAACAUGUGCCAGCGCAACUGCCCGGCCAAGAACAGCCGCUUCGAUCGCGUGUGCGGCAGCGACGGCAAGACCUACGCCUCGGCCUGCCACCUGGCCGAGUCCACCUGCCUCAGCUACGGCGAGGUGACCUACGUCAAGACCGGCACCUGCAACCCCAGCUGGAAGCCCGAGCACUCGGCCAUCCUGGCCGGCAUCCUCGUCGGUGUGGCCGUCUUCGCCAGCCUGGCGGCCGCCCUGAUGACGCGCAAGUUCACCCGGCCCAUCGGCGGCCCGAAGGACCCGAACGCCGCGGCCGCCGACCUGGAGGAGCAGCCCGGCGCCGGCGGCAGCACCCCUGCCGGCUCCGGCCGCGGGGAUGCCAUUGAAAUGCGCCACCGGGCCAUCCCCGGGGCCGGGGCCAAUGGCAGCAACAUCCACAUGCUCAGCGCCAUGAGCCUCGGCGAGUCCAGCAGCAUGUACCUGCAGACCGACUCGACCACCGGCUUCCUGGGCGACCCGACGGAUGCCCCCUCGCGGCCGGCUCGCGGCCCGGCCGCUGUCCCCGCCGCCGGCCCGGCCGCGGCUCCGGCCUCCCCGCGCACCCACGUCAUCGUCGCCUCCUCUCCGCGAGCGGCGCCGGCGGCCGACGCCGAUGCCGAUCCCGGCGCCUCGUCGGACCUGUGA